AACACUGCCCUUAGUGCUUUGUCGUACAGAAUGAUGUAAGUGCAGAAGAGAGUUUCCAGCCAAAACCAGUAUGGGUGCAAACACCUCCAGCAAGUCACCAGCCUUUGAUGAGAACGAAGAAAUCACCUUUGACCAUUUUGAAAUUUUGAGAGCCAUUGGAAAAGGCAGCUUUGGAAAGGUAUGCAUUGUACAGAAGAACGACACCAAGAAAAUGUAUGCAAUGAAGUACAUGAACAAGCAGAAAUGCGUCGAGCGGAAUGAAGUGAGAAACGUCUUCAAAGAGCUGCAGAUCAUGCAGGGCCUCGAGCACCCUUUCCUUGUUAAUCUGUGGUACUCCUUCCAGGAUGAAGAAGACAUGUUUAUGGUGGUGGAUCUACUUCUUGGAGGCGACUUGCGUUACCACCUACAGCAAAAUGUCCGUUUCCAAGAGGAUGCUGUGAAACUCUUCAUUUGUGAGCUGGCCUUAGCUCUGGACUACCUCCAAAGCAGAUGCAUUAUUCACAGGGACAUCAAGCCUGAUAACAUCUUGCUGGAUGAAUAUGGACAUGUGCACAUCACAGAUUUCAAUAUUGCCACAGUGCUAAACAAGGACAUGCAGGUGACUACUAUUGCCGGAACAAAGCCAUACAUGGCGCCUGAGAUGUUCAGUUCCACAAAACCUAUUGGCUACUCCUAUGCUGUUGACUGGUGGUCAUUGGGUGUUACAGCCUACGAACUUCUUAGAGGCCGGAGGCCAUACCAUAUCCGCUCCAGCACUGCUGCAACGGAAAUUGCCCACGUGUUCAAGACAGCCACAGUAAUGUAUCCUGCUGCCUGGUCAAAAGAUAUGGUGUCAUUAAUCCAAAAGUUGAUGGAAGUAAAUCCAGAUGAACGGUUUUCUCAACUGAGUGAUAUCCAAGACGUUUCUUAUUUGUCUGAUAUCAACUGGGAUGCAGUUUUACAAAAGAGAAUAAUGCCUGGAUUCAUUCCUACCAAAGGCAAGUUGAACUGUGACCCAACUUUUGAACUGGAAGAAAUGAUCCUGGAGUCGAAGCCACUUCAUAAGAAAAAGAAACGCUUGGCCAAGAAGGAAAAGGAAAGCAGUAAAGAUGAUUCUAUGGAGGCUUACCACCUUCAGAAAAACCUGGAGUCACUCCAAAGGGACUUCAUCAUUUUCAACAGAGAAAAGAUGAGGAAACAACAUAAUGAAAUGCAAGAGAACCUGACAUUGGUGCAAACCAAAGACGACCAGGAAGAAGACGACCAGAAUAAUAAUCUGUGAAAUCGAUUUAGCUUCAGCUCUGGUGAUACUUUUGAAGGUCCUGGUUUGCACCUUAGCUACUUCAUGGAGCUCAAAUCAAAAGCUGCUACCAUGUCAAGGCAGAUGUCUUGCACUGAGCCUUCCAAACCUGAAGCUGAGUGUCUCCUUCUGCCGUAAGGAGUUAAGCUCUAGUAUCUUGCCUCAGUAAAUAAGGCACAGAUUUUCUUUUUAUGCCUUUUCUAAUUUU